AUGCCCUAUCCACUGAGGCGGGAAACAGGAAUGAACUCAUCAGUGCAAAACGGCAUGGAACACGGUGUCGGCGAAGGUGGUAUCUUUGAAUUCCUCUUUCGACAACAGAAUGCCCGUCAGUUAGGAAAGUGUGUUCUCCAAAAUCAGGUGAAGAGUCCUGCUGCAGGCAUGUCCUAUCCUGGUGCUUAUCUGCUAUUGAGUGUUUUCUUCGCCUUGCUCUCCAACAGGCGUACCAUUGCUGUUGGAGGCAACCCAGGCGAUUUCGCUGAUAACUGCACACCGCCUCGUGUCAUCUCGGCUGAUCGAAGACCGCUCUCCACACGUUUGCAAGUUCUACCUCCUCUAUUCUAUUCACACUGGGAUGCUUGGCGAUUUCCACCGCCUCGGCCACCAGUCGCUGUGUUCGCCAUCCGUGCGUUCGGUGAUCUAGAAGCGAUGACUCAUGGAAUAUAUGGCGUGGGAGUUGCACUCAAUCCCAGAACUAAACGAGCUUUGGUGGACUGGAUCCCACUGGUCGUAUUUGUGCCAUCCGGUUAUCUAACUCAACUGAGCUGA